AUGUCGAGAGCUCCUUACGGUGGCGGCGGAGGCCGGAUGCCGCCUGGCAAUUAUCCGCCUGGCAAUUAUCCGCCUAGCAACUAUCCGCCUGGCAAUUAUCCGCCUGGCAAUUAUCCGCCUGGCAAUGCUCCGCCUGGAAGCAUUCCCCGAGUCCCCGUCGGGAGCCAGCAGGGACAUGGGGGCCAAAACUACGACUCUCCACCAGCAUACAUGGACCCCCGCAUGCCUCGGGGCAACGAGAAGGAAAAGAGUAGAGGCAGAGAGGUGUCCCUGAGAGUCGAGAAGCUGACGGACAAGUCGCUCCAGUCGAGGCUGAUUUACGGCAACUUAUGCGCCGUCGCUCCCGAAGACUUCCCCCCUAGCCGAGACGGAUCCGAGCUCUACCUCCUCCUCCGCGGUGGCCAGCCCGUCGGGGAAUAUGCCGUCACGGCCAUGCCGGUGCCGGGCUUCCCCCGGGGAUGCAUCAGCAUGUCGGACCCUCAGCGAACCUGGUGCGGCAUCACCAUGCGAGACCAGUUCACCGGAGAGACCUACGACCCCUUCUCGCAAGGGGGCAAGGCCUAUCUCGGAUCCCUAGACCUGGAGAUCGGAUUCGCCUCGCCGAACAAGAAGACGGAGGUGCCGUACGACGAGGAUGAGCUCUCCAAGAUGUUCGUCGACACGUACCAGAAUCAAAUCCUCGCGCCGGGCCAGAGGAUACUGAUGGACGUCCGGAACGUGCCGCUCCUCAUCAUCGUCAAGACGGUGGGCUUGGUCGACCUCGCCAUGGCCGCCGACGACUCCAACAAGCAGGUGUACAGGGAGGCGCACGCGCGAGGCGUCCUGACGAACCAGACGCGCGUGCUCUUCCACCGGGACGGCAAGGGCGACUUCAACCUGAAGCCUUCCAUGUCGAAGCCCAACUCGAACGCCAUCCUGGCGCCCGACUUCAAGUUCGAGGACAUGGGCAUCGGCGGACUCGGCAACGAGUUUUCCACCAUCUUCCGACGAGCCUUUGCCUCCCGCGUCUUCCCACCCGGCCUCGUCGCCAAGAUGGGCAUACCCCACGUCAAGGGGAUGUUGCUCUACGGACCUCCGGGGACGGGAAAGACGCUGAUCGCGAGGCAGAUUGGCAAGAUGCUCAACGCCCGACCGCCCAAGGUCAUCAACGGUCCCGAGGUGCUCAACAAGUACGUCGGCCAGUCGGAGGAGAACAUCCGAAAGCUCUUUGCCGACGCCGAGAAGGAGUACAAGGAAAAGGGGGACGAGAGCAGCCUUCACAUCAUCAUCUUCGACGAGCUCGACGCCGUCUGCAAGCAGCGCGGGUCCGGAGCCGGCGGCGGCACCGGCGUCGGCGACAGCGUCGUGAACCAGCUGCUCUCCAAGCUCGACGGCGUCGAUCAGCUGAACAACAUCCUGCUCAUCGGCAUGACGAACCGCAAGGACAUGAUUGACGAUGCGCUAAUGCGACCCGGCCGCCUCGAGGUGCAUCUCGAAAUCUCCCUACCGGACGAGGCGGGACGAUUGGAGAUUUUCAACAUCCACACGGCCAAGAUGCGCACCAACAAGCUCCUCGACGUCGACGUCGACGUCGAGGAGCUGGCCGGCUUGACCAAGAACUACUCGGGUGCCGAGAUCAACGGCGUCGUCAAGGCGGCCGCCUCGUUUGCCUUUUCUCGCCAUACCGAGGUUGGGCAGCUCGCGGCGGUCAAGCAGGAUGUCGCCAGCAUGAAGGUCAACCGCAACGAUUUCAUGAAUGCCCUGGACGAGGUUCGACCUGCCUACGGCGUCUCCGAGGCCGAGCUGAAGGAUGCCGUUCGGCUGGGCAUCAUGCCUUACGGCGGCCACGUCGACGCGACCAUCAAGGAGAUGAUGCGCGUCGUUCGCAUGAUCAAGGAGGACCCGAACAAGUUCAACACCUCCGUUCUCUUCCACGGACCGAAAGCGGCGGGAAAGACGGCCCUGGCCGCUCACAUUGCCAUGCAGUCAGGCUUCCCAUUCGUCAAGCUCGUGACGCCGGCCGACCUGGUCGGUUUCCGGGAUGACUUUGCGAAAAAGGACUACGUGCACAGGGCGUUUGCGGACGCGUACAAGUCGCCGGCCAGCAUCCUCAUCCUCGACGACUUUGAGCGCUUGAUUGGCUGGAAUUCUCUGGGGCCGCGGUUCUCGGCAACGAUGCUCGAGGCGCUGACGACGCUCAUCGUUUCGAAGCCGCCCAAGGGUCACCGGCUGUUGAUUUUUGUCACGACGUCCAAGGUCUCGAUGUUCAAAAUGCUCGAAAUCGACAUGGACUUUGCGAAGAAGGUGGCGGUGCCUGCCGUGUCGAACCUCAGGGAGCUCGGCAUGGUAAUCCAGGAGUCGAUUUCCAUCGACCAGGGAAUAAUUCAUGACAUAAUCAACAUGAUUCAACAGCGCACGGGAACCGAGACGGUCGGGGUGGGCGUCAAGACUGUGAUGGAUUGUAUUUUUGAAGCCAAGGCUGGGGAGUCGGAACAGGAGUUUUCCGACACGUUUGUGGAUCUGUUGCUGGACAAUAUGCAGGAGAUGCAGGGUUGA